AUGCCGCUGGCGCAGCUGGCGGACCCGUGGCAGAAGAUGGCUGUGGAGAGCCCGUCCGACAGCGCUGAGAAUGGACAGCAAAUUAUGGAUGAACCUAUGGGAGAGGAAGAGAUUAAUCCACAAACUGAAGAAGGCAGUAUCAAAGAAAUUGCAAUCACACAUCAUGUAAAGGAAGGACAUGAAAAGGCAGAUCCUUCCCAAUUUGAACUUUUAAAAGUAUUAGGGCAGGGAUCAUUUGGAAAGGUUUUCUUAGUCAAAAAAAUCUCAGGCUCUGAUGCUAGACAGCUUUAUGCCAUGAAAGUAUUGAAGAAGGCCACUUUGAAAGUUCGAGACCGUGUUCGGACAAAAAUGGAGCGUGAUAUCUUGGUAGAAGUUAAUCAUCCUUUUAUUGUCAAGUUGCAUUAUGCUUUUCAAACUGAAGGGAAGUUGUAUCUUAUUUUGGAUUUUCUCAGGGGAGGAGAUUUGUUUACACGCUUAUCCAAAGAGGUGAUGUUCACAGAAGAAGAUGUCAAAUUCUACUUGGCUGAGCUUGCACUUGCUUUAGACCAUCUACAUAGCCUGGGAAUAAUCUAUAGAGACCUAAAACCAGAAAACAUACUUCUUGAUGAAGAAGGUCACAUCAAAUUAACAGAUUUUGGCCUAAGUAAAGAGUCUAUUGACCAUGAGAAGAAGGCAUAUUCUUUUUGUGGAACUGUGGAAUAUAUGGCUCCAGAAGUAGUUAAUCGUCGAGGUCAUACUCAGAGUGCGGACUGGUGGUCUUUCGGUGUGUUAAUGUUUGAGAUGCUCACUGGUACACUACCUUUCCAAGGAAAAGAUCGAAAAGAAACAAUGACUAUGAUCCUUAAAGCUAAACUUGGGAUGCCACAGUUUUUGAGUCCUGAAGCCCAGAGUCUUUUACGAAUGCUUUUCAAACGAAAUCCUGCAAACAGAUUAGGUGCAGGACCAGAUGGAGUGGAAGAAAUUAAAAGACAUUUAUUUUUCUCAACAAUAGAUUGGAAUAAACUAUACAGAAGAGAAAUUCAUCCACCUUUUAAACCCGCAACUGGCAGGCCUGAAGAUACGUUCUAUUUUGAUCCUGAAUUUACUGCAAAAACUCCCAAAGAUUCACCUGGCAUUCCACCUAGUGCUAAUGCACAUCAGCUUUUUCGGGGGUUUAGUUUUGUUGCUAUUACCUCAGAUGACGAAAGCCAAGCUAUGCAGACAGUUGGUGUGCAUUCAAUUGUUCAGCAGUUGCACAGGAAUAGUAUUCAGUUUACUGAUGGAUAUGAAGUGAAAGAAGAUAUUGGAGUUGGCUCCUACUCCGUUUGCAAGAGAUGUAUACAUAAAGCCACAAACAUGGAGUUUGCAGUAAAGAUUAUUGAUAAAAGCAAGAGAGACCCAACAGAGGAAAUAGAAAUUCUUCUUCGUUAUGGACAGCAUCCAAACAUUAUUACUCUAAAGGAUGUAUAUGAUGAUGGAAAAUACGUGUAUGUAGUAACGGAACUUAUGAAAGGGGGUGAAUUGCUGGAUAAAAUUCUUAGACAGAAAUUUUUCUCUGAACGAGAGGCCAGUGCUGUCCUGUUUACUAUAACCAAAACUGUGGAAUAUCUUCAUGCUCAAGGGGUGGUUCACAGAGACUUAAAACCUAGCAACAUUCUUUAUGUGGAUGAAUCUGGCAAUCCAGAAUCUAUUCGAAUUUGUGAUUUUGGCUUUGCCAAACAGCUAAGAGCAGAAAACGGUCUUCUCAUGACACCUUGUUAUACUGCAAAUUUUGUUGCACCAGAGGUUUUGAAACGACAAGGCUAUGAUGCUGCUUGUGAUAUAUGGAGUCUUGGUGUCCUCCUCUAUACAAUGCUUACUGGUUACACUCCAUUUGCAAAUGGCCCUGACGAUACACCAGAGGAAAUACUGGCACGCAUCGGCAGCGGAAAAUUCUCACUCAGUGGUGGUUACUGGAAUUCUGUUUCAGAUACUGCAAAGGACCUGGUGUCAAAGAUGCUUCAUGUGGAUCCUCAUCAGAGAUUGACUGCUGCCCUUGUGCUCAGACACCCUUGGAUAGUCCACUGGGACCAACUGCCACAAUACCAACUAAACAGACAGGAUGCACCUCAUCUGGUCAAGGGUGCCAUGGCAGCUACCUAUUCUGCUUUAAACCGUAAUCAGUCACCAGUUUUGGAACCAGUAGGCCGCUCUACUCUUGCUCAGCGAAGAGGUAUUAAAAAAAUCACCUCCACAGCCCUGUGA